AUGAAAAGGAGUCUGGCUGACACUUCGACCCGCGGCACACCAGGUUUUCUGCCUGUACCUCUGUUCAAUCAGAAAAAAAGAAACAGACAGCCCCUCACUUCAAAUCCCCUUAAAAGUGAGCCAGGUACCAGUUCUGGGACUCAUACUUACGACUUUUCUCCCACACCAUUUGGCUGGGGAACUGUAAACCCAGAAGUGGCUGAGCUACAGAAAGCAGCAAACAGUGGUACUAAAGUUUGGAACAGAAAUGAGUAUGCUCCUUCAAGUGACACAACAGAUUCAAGAUCUAAUAGUGGAAUUCUUCGGAAGUUUGACAGCCUUUCAACUAGUUUGAAAACUGUUCAGCAGCAAAAAACCCCAGAUAACUGGAAUUCAUCUCAGCUUAUCAAAACAACAGAAACCAGCCAAACGUAUACAUCUAAAGGACAAUGGCCAGUGAGACCUAACACUGUUUCAAGAAGUCUGCAGGAUCACAGUCUGGCGUAUAAGUUUAACCACAAUAUUCAGCAAAAUAAAAUGAAUGAAAAACAAUUGGAUUGUGCUCCAAAAGACAAAAGUCAGGAAGUUUCAUCAUCUCAAUUAAAAAUUAAAGAAAAAAAGAACUCUCUGCGAAUUCUAUCUGCAGUCAUUGAAAGUAUGAGGCACUGGAGUCAAUAUGCUUAUAAAACUGCACUAUUAUUUGAAGUUUUAGGCAUACUUGAUUCUGCAGUCACACCUGGAGCAUAUGGGGCAAAGAAUUUUCUUCUGAGAGAUGGAAAGGAGAGUCUGCCUUGUGUAUUUUACGAAACUGACCGGGAGCUUCCAAGACUCAUUAGAGGUCGAGUGCACAGGUGCAUGGGAAACUAUGACGCAAAAAGGAACAUUUUCAAGUGCGUCUCUGUGAGACCAGCAACUACUCAAGAACAAAACACUUUCCAAGAAUUUGUUAAAAUUGCAGAUGUUGAGAUGACAGCAUAUGUAAAAACAAUGAAUGAACUUUAA